AUGUCCAUGCGCUCUCGCUUGAUCUCAGCGACUACUAAGAUGACUGGAGAAACACUUGUGUCCCUUCUUCAGAACCACAACAAUGUUGUGAUCAUCGACUGUCGAACGCAAUAUGAGAUGCAAGGCGGACACAUCAAAGGGUCCAUCCCCCUCCCAUCGCUCCAAGAAUUGUAUAACUUGUUUUUUAGAAAUGUUCUGAGUGAGACCUUCAUUGUCUUCCACUGCGAAUUUUCAACAGUAAGAGCUGUCAAAGCGUUGGAGGAAUUUAACAACCUCGACGCUUUUUUUAUGAAAAGAAAUGGACAAUUCCCUCAUGCUGCUUACCCAAACACCUUUUUGUUGGUUGGUGGAUAUCACAUGUUCUAUAAAAGACAUAGUGAAUACUGCCAAGGUGGCUAUGUCGACACGUACAGCUGCUCUUCUGAUGAAAAAUUAAAGUGUUUGAAGCAAAUCAGAAAGAGGUCUUGUGUCUUCACUCAUAUGAAUAAUGCAGAACAAAUGGAACUAAUCAAACCCGACGAAAAGUUAGUCGUGGAGUCCUCCCUCAUCCAAAGCGAUUGA